CCCCGACAACCAAAUCUAAUAAAAAAAGCAUGCCCUCCUCGUAAUCCUCUCCGACCGAGCGGCCCCCACUGUUCAGGCUUCCUUCAGCACCAUCAUGGCUUCCUCCACUAUUUCUCCUCCCCCCCUCUCUGUUCUGAUCUCCAUUGACGGAGCAGAGAGAGCUUCUGAAGGCUGCUGAAGCUGCCAUGGAGAAGGAGAACAGGAAGGAAGACGAAGUGGAGGUGAGCGAAGGAGAGGGGAAGUUAAAGGUGAGGAUUUUGGUGGUGGAUGAUUCUGUGCUUGAUAGGAGGGUUGUGGAGAGGCUGCUUAGCGAGAGCGAGGAGGGCUUUGAAGUUAUUAGCGUUGAUAAUGGAAAGAAGGCGAUGGAUGUAUUGGGCUUACAUGAAGUUGAAUCUGAACCAACUGCUAUUAAUGUUCAGAGCAUAGACAUUGUUCUCACAGAUUACUGCAUGCCAGGAAUGACCGGCUAUGAUCUCCUCAAGGCUGUUAAAGGGCAGAACUUUCCAAAACCCAUACCUGUAGUGGUAAUGUCAUCUGAAAAUGAGCCUCAAAGAAUUAGCAGAUGCCGGGCAAUCGGAGCCGAGGAUUUCAUCCUGAAACCGAUUCAGAUAAAGGAUGUGCAGAGGCUGCGAAACUACGUGAAGCCAAAUACUUCACCACCCUCAGUAGGUUUGAAGAGAAAAAUAGCGGCAUCGCUGGAGCUCGCGGUUGAGAACGGAGGCUCGGAAAAGAGACCCCGACUCGCCGGAGUUGUUGUUGCCUGAGUAAAAGCUUUAUACUGAGGGGGCCAUCACUAAGCUAUCACUUUUACCUGUCUGUUUAUUCUCUUAAAUCUUUUACUGUAGCUUUUUAUGCUUUUUGUUGUUGUAUUUGUGGCUGUGUAAUGGGGUUUUGUGUGAAUGUUGUGUUCAUUUUAGAAAAAAGAAAUUUGAAGAAGAUGGUGAUAGUUUUUUUGA